AUGGAGAAGGUCAUUUUCUACGAGGGGAGAAACUUCCAGGGUCGGUUCCAUGAAUGUGACAACGACUCCAGCGACCUCCACUCUUACUUCAGCCGCUGCAACUCCAUCAGAGUGGAAGGAGGAUUCUGGGUAAUCUACGAGAGACCAAACUACAUGGGUUACCAGUAUGUGCUGAACCCAGGCGAGUAUCCAGACUACCAGCACUGGCUCGGCAUCAACGACGCCGUCAGGUCCUGUCGCAUCAUUAGGAACGUGGGGAGUUCAUGGAGGCUGAAGAUUUGGGAGAAGCCCAGCUUUGAAGGCCAGUCGAUGGAGGUGCUGGAAAACAUGCCGGCCUUACACGAGCGCUGGCACAGCCGGGACAUCCACUCCUGCAAGGUUUUCGAAGGGGCCUGGGUCUUCUAUGACAAUCCUAACUACAGGGGGCGCCAGUACCUGCUGGAGAGAGGGGAAUACAGACGACACUCUGAGUGGGGGGCCAUGCAGCCCACAGUUGGGUCCUUCUGUCGGGUGAAGGAGCGUUAGGCAUAUAAUGAUAUCUGAAAAG